GAGCAUCGUCCCAACAUGUUGUCGUCAUUCCGCAAAACCAAGUUGCAGAAAAUGGAUUCCUCUGGAACAAAGGUUCUAGACUCGGCAGAUGACAUCCAUGAAAGACGUCAGCAGGUGCUGGACAGGUACCGGCGGUUCAAAGAGCUCUCUAAUCUGAGACGCCAGAAGUUAGAUGAUUCUUACAACUUCCAGUCGUUUCGCCGGGAUGCAGAUGAAUUGGAGAAAUGGAUUCUGGAGAAACUGCAGAUUGCAUCUGAUGAGAGUUACAAGGAUCCCAGCAAUCUACAGGGUAAACUGCAGAAGCAUCAGGCAUUCGAAGCUGAAGUGCAGGCCAAUGCUGGUGCCAUUGUUAAACUUGAUGAGUUUGGCAACAAGAUGAUACAAGAUGGGCAUUUUGCAACCGAAACUAUCCGAGCACGACUUGAAGAACUCCAUCAACUAUGGGAGCGUCUGUUGGAGAAAAUGAGGGAGAAGGGGAUAAGACUUCUGCAAACACAGAAGCUUGUGCAAUACCAGCGUGAAUGUGAUGAUGCUAUGGACUGGAUCAAUGAUAAGGAAGCUAUUGUGACUUUGGAGGAACUUGGCCAGGACUUGGAGCAUGUUGAAGUUUUGCAGAAGAAAUUUGAGGAAUUCCAAACUGAUCUUGCAGCUCAUGAGGAACGUGUGAAUGAAGUAAAUCAGCUGGCUGGAAAACUUGCCCAGGAGAGCCACCCCGAGUUGGUGCUUAUCACCCAUCGACAGGAUGAGGUGAAUGCUGCCUGGCAACGACUUAAAGGCCUCGCACUGCAGCGACAGGGCAAACUCUUUGGGGCAGCAGAAGUUCAGCGCUUUAAUCGAGAUGUGGAUGAAACCAUCAGUUGGAUUAAGGAGAAGGAGCAGCUGAUGGCUUCGGAUGAUUUUGGACGUGAUCUGGCUAGUGUGCAGACACUUCUCCGCAAACAUGAAGGCCUAGAGAGAGACCUUGCUGCCUUGGAGGAUAAGGUGAAAGCACUGUGUACUGAGGCAGACCGUCUGCAGCAGUCACACCCACAGAGUGCAGCCCAGAUUCAGGUCAAGCGAGAAGAACUCAUCCAAAAUUGGGAGCGAAUCCGCACCCUGGCAGCUCAAAGACACACACGCCUUGAUGACUCUUACAGACUGCAGCGUUUUCUGGCUGAUUUCCGUGACUUGACCAGCUGGGUGACAGAGAUGAAGGCUCUUAUCAAUGCUGAUGAACUGGCAAAUGAUGUGGCUGGAGCUGAGGCGUUGCUUGACAGACACCAGGAGCACAAGGGUGAGAUUGAUGCUCACGAGGACAGUUUCAAAGCUACUGAUGAAGCCGGGCAAGCCCUGCUCGCAGGAAGCCACUAUGCUUCUGAUGAAGUCCGUGAGAAGUUGGGAGUCCUUGCUGAGGAGAAGAUUUCUCUGCUCGAGCUCUGGGAGCUGCGGAGACAUCAGUAUGAGCAGUGCAUGGAUCUCCAGCUAUUCUAUCGUGAUACCGAGCAGGUUGACAACUGGAUGAGUAAACAGGAGGCUUUCUUGCUGAAUGAAGAUUUGGGCGAUUCCCUGGACAGCGUGGAAGCCCUCUUGAAAAAGCAUGAAGAUUUUGAAAAAUCCCUUAGUGCUCAAGAGGAGAAAAUCACGGCUUUGGAAGAAUUUGCCACCAAAUUGAUUCAGAGUGAUCAUUACGCCAAGGAAGAUGUCGCUGCACGUCGAGAUGCGCUCCUGAGUCGUCGCAAUGCUCUGCACGAUCGUGCCAUGCACCGCAGAACCGCCCUGGAAAGCUCCUUCAGUCUCCAGCAGUUCUUCCGUGAUUCUGAUGAACUCAAGAGCUGGAUUAAUGAGAAAAUGAAAACAGCCACCGAUGAAGCUCAUAAGGAUCCCUCCAACUUGCAGGGCAAGGUCCAGAAACACCAGGCUUUUGAAGCUGAGCUUUCAGCCAACCAGAGUCGCAUUGACACCUUACAGAGAGGUGGACAGGAGCUGAUUGAUGCCAAUCACUAUGCCUCAGAUGAAGUGUCUGCUCGCAUGAACGAGGUUAUUUCUCUCUGGAAAAAGCUGCUGGAGGCCACAGAAAUGAAAGGUAUUAAACUACGUGAAGCAAACCAACAGCAACAAUUCAACCGAAAUGUGGAAGACAUUGAACUAUGGUUGUAUGAAGUUGAAGGCCACCUGGGUUCUGAUGAUUAUGGGAAAGAUCUGACUAGUGUACAGAACCUGCAGAAGAAACAUGCACUGCUGGAAGCUGAUAUCGCAGCCCACCAGGACCGUAUUGACGGGAUUAAUAUUCAAGCCCGCCAGUUCCAGGAAGCUGGACACUUUGAUGCAGAUAACAUCAAGAAGAAGCAGGAAACGUUAGUUGGUCGUUAUGAGGCACUGAAGGAACCGAUGGUGGCUCGGAAGCAAAAACUAGCGGACUCCCUCCGACUCCAACAACUGUUCCGUGACGUUGAGGAUGAAGAAACAUGGAUUCGAGAAAAGGAGCCGAUUGCAGCUUCUACAAACCGAGGAAAGGAUUUGAUCGGAGUGCAGAAUUUACUGAAGAAACACCAGGCACUGCAGGCUGAAAUCGGUGGUCAUGAUCCACGCAUCAAAGCAGUGGCCCAGAAAGGGCAAGCCAUGGUUGAUGACGGUCACUUUGCUUCUGAAGAAGUGAAGACCAAACUGAACGACCUGAAUCAGAAAUGGGAGUCGCUGAAAGCCAAGGCUGCGCAGAGGCGCCAGGAUUUGGAAGAUUCCCUGCAGGCUCAGCAGUACUUUGCUGAUGCUAAUGAAGCCGAGUCGUGGAUGAGGGAGAAAGAGCCUGUUGUUGGCAGCCCUGACUAUGGAAAGGAUGAAGAUUCUGCCGAAGCCUUACUAAAGAAGCACGAAGCUCUGAUGUCUGAUCUAAUUGCAUACGGAAGCAGCAUUCAGGCACUGAAGGAACAGGCACAAGGGUGUCGGCAACAAGUGGCACCUACAGACGAUGAAACUGGAAAAGAACUGGUUUUGGCGUUGUAUGAUUAUCAGGAGAAGAGUCCCCGUGAAGUGACCAUGAAGAAGGGUGACAUUCUUACCCUGCUAAACAGCACCAACAAGGACUGGUGGAAAGUGGAAGUGAAUGAUCGUCAGGGCUUUGUUCCCGCUGCCUAUGUAAAGAAAUUGGACCCAGCACAGUCAACUUCACGUGAGAAUCUGUUGGAGGAUUCAAGCAGCAUUGUGAUGCGACAAGAACAGAUUGACAACCAGGCUCUGCUAGCUAAGGAGGUUGGCAGCGUUGUGCUCCGUAUGAAGCAGGUGGAGGAAUUGUACCAGUCACUGCUGGAAUUGGGUAGGAAGCGGAAAGAGAUGCUGGAAAAGAGCUGUAAGAAGUUCAUGCUUUUCCGUGAAGCCAAUGAGCUGCAGCAGUGGAUCAAUGAGAAGGAGACCACCCUUACCAACGAAGAGGUGGGAACUGAUCUGGAGCAGGUGGAAGUACUACAGAAGAAGUUCGAUGAUUUCCAAAAGGACCUGAAAGCCAAUGAGUCUCGCCUGCGAGAUAUCAACAAAGUGGCCAAUGAUCUGGAGUCUGAGGGUCUGAUGGUUGAAGAAGUGCAACAAGUAUCACAGGAACCUCUUUUGGGAUCUGCCCCUGGAGCUCCCAAGGAUGAAUCUGACAGCAAGACCUCGUCACCAUGGAAGACUGUCCGGAUGACGGUACAAACAGUGGCUAGCUUUAAUGCCAUCAAGGAGCUCAAUGAACGCUGGAAGUCACUGCAGAAACUGGCCGAGGAACGGAGCCAGAUCUUGGGCAGUGCACAUGAGGUGCAGAGAUUCCACAGGGAUGCCGAUGAGACAAAGGAAUGGAUUGAAGAGAAGAAUCAAGCUUUGAACACUGAUAAUUAUGGACAUGACCUUGCGAGCGUUCAGGCUUUACAGCGCAAACAUGAGGGAUUUGAGCGAGACCUUGCUGCUCUGGGAGAUAAAGUGAAUUCUCUUGGUGAAACUGCCAACCGUCUGAUUCAGUCUCAUCCUGAAUCAGUUGAAGAUGUCCAGGAAAAAUGCACUGAACUGAAUCAGGCCUGGACUAACCUCGUGGAACGUGCUGACCAGCGCAAAGAAAAAUUGAACGACUCUCACGAUCUGCAGCGCUUCCUGAGUGACUUUAGAGAUCUUAUGUCCUGGAUAAAUGGAAUACGCGGAUUGGUGUCCUCUGAGGAAUUAGCCAAGGAUGUAACUGGAGCUGAAGCCCUGCUGGAAAGACACCAGGAGCAUCGCACUGAAAUCGAUGCCAGAGCUGGAACCUUCCAGGCUUUUGAACAAUUUGGGCAUCAGUUGCUGGCUCGGGGGCACUAUGCUUGCCCAGAAAUCCGAGAAAAGCUGGAUAUCCUGGAGCGGGAGCGGGCAGAUCUGGAGAAGGCCUGGAUUCAGCGCAGGAUGAUGUUGGACCAGUGUCUAGAGCUGCAGCUGUUUAACCGUGAUUGUGAGCAGGCUGAGAACUGGAUGGCAGCACGUGAGGCGUUCCUCGCCAGUGACGACAAAGGCGAUUCACUGGAUAGCGUGGAAGCCCUCAUCAAGAAACAUGAGGAUUUCGAUAAAGCUAUUACCGUCCAGGAGGAGAAGAUUGCUGCUCUGCAGUCAUUUGCUGAUCAGCUGAUUGCUUCUGAGCACUAUGCCAAGGGUGAUAUUUCAAACCGUCGCAAUGAAGUGCUAGACAGAUGGCGCCGGCUCAAAGCUCAGAUGAUCGAGAAGAGAUCUAAACUCGGAGAGUCGCAGACCCUCCAGCAAUUUAGUCGCGAUGUCGAUGAAAUUGAGGCCUGGAUCAGUGAGAAACUGCAGACAGCAACUGAUGAAUCUUACAAGGAUCCCACAAACAUUCAGCUGUCCAAACUGCUGAGCAAACAUCAGAAGCAUCAAGCAUUUGAAGCUGAGUUGCAAGCCAAUGCUGAUCGAAUCCGUGGUGUCAUUGACAUGGGGAAAUCGCUGAUUGACCGAGGGGCCUGUGCUGGGAGUGAAGAUGCUGUCCAGGUUCGUCUGGCAGAGCUGGCUAAGCAGUGGGAGUACUUAGUUCGAAAAUCUGCAGAAAAGAGCCAGAAACUGAAAGAAGCCAAUAAACAACAGAAUUUCAAUACAGGAAUCAAAGACUUUGACUUCUGGCUGUCUGAGGUGGAAGCUCUCCUAGCCUCCGAGGAUUAUGGAAAGGACUUGGCAUCUGUGAACAACCUCCUGAAGAAACAUCAGCUCCUUGAGGCUGACGUUUCAGCUCAUGAGGACCGUCUGAAAGAUCUGAAUGUCCAGGCUGACAGCCUCAUGUCCAGCGAUGCCUUCGACACCACUCAGGUGAAGGACAAACGCAAUUUAGUAAACGGACGAUUUCAGAAGAUUAAAAACAUGGCUACGUCUCGUCGUGCUAAACUGAACGAGUCACACAGACUUCACCAAUUCUUCCGUGAUUUGGAUGACGAGGAAUCCUGGAUAAAAGAGAAGAAAUUACUUGUGAGUUCAGAAGAUUAUGGCCGUGACCUGACUGGCGUCCAAAACCUACGGAAGAAACAUAAACGUUUGGAAGCAGAGUUGGCUGCACAUGAACCAGCUAUUCAGUCAGUACUGGACACAGGAAAGAAGCUGUCUGAUGAUAAUACCAUUGGAAAGGAGGAGAUUCAGCAACGACUGGCUCAGUUUGUGGAGCACUGGAAAGAGCUGAAGGAAUUUGCUGCAGCUCGGGGACAGCGUCUGGAGGAAUCGCUGGAAUACCAGCAAUUUGUUGCGAAUGUUGAGGAGGAAGAAGCCUGGAUCAAUGAGAAGUUGAAUCUGGUGGCAAGUGAGGACUAUGGCGACACACUGGCUGCUGUACAGGGAUUGCUGAAAAAGCAUGAAGCCUUUGAAACGGAUUUCACAGUUCACAGAGAUCGCGUGCAUGAUGUUUGUGUAAAUGGAGAGGAACUAAUCAAGAAGAACAAUCACCAUGUAGAAAAUAUUUCAGCCAAGAUGAAGGGAUUGCGAGGCAAGGUGACUGAGCUGGAGAAGGCAGCUGCUCAGAGAAAAGCAAAGCUGGAUGAGAACUCUGCAUUCUUGCAGUUUAACUGGAAGGCAGAUGUAGUUGAGUCAUGGAUUGGUGAGAAAGAGAAUAGUCUGAAGACAGAUGAUUAUGGGCGAGAUCUCUCCUCUGUACAAACACUACUCACUAAACAGGAGACUUUUGAUGCUGGGCUGCAUGCCUUCCAGCAGGAGGGGAUUGCUAAUAUCACAGCACUGAAAGACCAGUUACUGGCAGCCAAGCACAUCCAGUCCAAGGCUAUUGAAGCACGCCACGCUUCAUUAAUGAAGAGAUGGAACCAGCUGUUGGCCAAUUCUGAUGCUAGAAAGAAGAAACUGCUUGAAGCCCAGGAACAUUUCAGAAAACUUGAAGAUCUUUUCUUGACCUUUGCUAAGAAAGCCUCAGCCUUUAACAGUUGGUUUGAGAAUGCCGAGGAGGAUCUCACAGACCCCGUGCGCUGCAACUCACUGGAGGAGAUCAAGGCCCUGCGCGAGGCCCAUGAGGCUUUCCGCUCGUCUUUGAGUUCGGCUCAGACUGACUUUAACCAACUGGCUGAGCUCGAUCGUCAGAUCAAGAGCUAUCGUAUGACCUCAAACCCCUACACCUGGUUCACAAUGGAGGCUCUGGAAGAGACCUGGAGAAACUUGCAGAAAAUCAUCAAGGAACGGGAACUAGAACUGCAGAAGGAACAGAGACGCCAAGAAGAGAAUGAUAAAUUACGCCAGGAAUUUGCACAACAUGCAAAUGCAUUCCACCAGUGGUUGCAGGAGACGAGGACAUACCUACUGGAUGGCAUAGCAUAUCGUCGUGUCAUUCAUGUAUAUCAGUAUGAAGUUGGAGAUGAUCUGGCUGGAAGGUCCUGUAUGGUGGAGGAAUCCGGAACUCUGGAAUCGCAGCUCGAGGCAACCAAAAGAAAACACCAGGAGAUUCGAGCAAUGAGAAGCCAGUUAAAAAAGAUUGAGGACCUUGGGGCAGCUAUGGAGGAAGCGUUGAUCUUGGACAAUAAGUACACAGAGCACAGCACUGUGGGGCUGGCUCAACAGUGGGACCAGCUGGAUCAACUAGGAAUGAGAAUGCAACACAAUCUGGAGCAACAGAUCCAGGCCAGGAAUACAACUGGUGUAACUGAGGAGGCACUUAAAGAAUUCAGCAUGAUGUUCAAGCACUUUGACAAAGACAAAUUAGGAAGGCUAAAUCAUCAGGAAUUCAAAUCGUGCUUACGCUCCCUGGGUUAUGAUCUGCCUAUGGUGGAAGAAGGAGAGCCUGAUCCAGAAUUUGAGGCUAUACUGGAUGCUGUUGAUCCCAACCGAGAUGGAUAUGUGUCGCUGCAAGAGUACAUGGCGUUCAUGAUCAGCAGGGAAACAGAGAACGUUAAGUCUAGUGAGGAGAUUGAGAGUGCUUUCCGUGCUCUGAGUUCAGAAGGAAAACAAUUUGUCACACGUGAGGAACUCUACCAGAACCUGUCGAGGGAGCAGGCAGAUUACUGCAUCUCACACAUGAAGCCCUACACGGACAGCAAGGGCAGAGAGAUUCCAUCAGCCUUCGACUAUGUGGAAUUCACACGAUCACUCUUCGUGAACUAAUGCUAAUGGCUUUGAAUCUAGGCGUAACUGCUAACAUUAGCUCUGCAUGUCUGCGUCUAAUCUCUGUGCAUCUAUAAAACGUUCCGUCAAACUUUACUGAACUAGGUUGCUUGUGCUUCUGCUUGAAAUUUGUUUUUUUACUAUUGCUAAAAUCUGUAAUGCAGUGUGCUUAACAAAUAAACACUACUGACUCGAA